CUAAUGUGUUUUUAACACUAUAGGGUCAGAAUUACAUGCUUGUUUGUGUUCCUUUAAAUUUGAAAUUCACAUUAAAUUCUCAUGUUGGUACCACAGCGCCUCAAGGUCCAAGGCUGUCCAAGGCUGUCCUGCGUGUGUUUUAACCCUGUCCAAACAUACUAUUGGGUUUAUAGUUGCUGAUUGAAGACCAGCAUAGGUUCUCCUGUCUGUGAUCAGCAUGGAUGAUAUAUUCACCCAGUGCCGUGAAGGAAACGCAGUGGCUGUCCGCCUGUGGCUGGAUAACACCGAGAACGACCUGAACCAAGGCGAUGACCAUGGCUUCAGUCCGCUGCACUGGGCUUGCCGCGAGGGCCGCAGUAAUAUCGUAGACAUGUUAAUAAUGAGAGGUGCGCGGAUCAAUGUUAUGAACCGAGGGGAUGACACUCCGCUACACCUUGCUGCCAGCCAUGGCCAUCGUGAUAUUGUGCAGAAGCUCAUCCAGUACAAAGCGGAUGUGAAUGCUGUCAAUGAGCAUGGGAACACGCCGCUGCACUACGCCUGCUUCUGGGGACAGGAUGACGUUGCUGAGGAUCUAGUUAACAACUCUGCACUCAUCUAUAUUAGUAAUAAAUAUGGAGAAACCCCUUUGGAUAAAGGCAAAAACCAUCUGCGAGAGAUUCUGAGAGAUCGUGCGGAGAAGAUGGGUCAGAGUAUGAACCGGAUCCCUUAUAAGGACACCUUCUGGAAGGGGACAACUCGAACCAGACCACGAAAUGGUACGCUCAAUAAACAAGCUGGGAUUGAUUACACUCAGUUAACGCGUACUCACAAACUCAAUGAAAAUCAUUCUGGAGAGCUGUGGAAGGGACGUUGGCAAGGAAAUGACAUUGUUAUUAAACUUCUGAAAAUACGAGACUGGAGUACGAGGAAGAGUCGAGACUUUAAUGAAGAAUACCCCAAACUAAGGAUUUUCUCUCACCCAAAUGUUCUCCCAGUUUUGGGUGCCUGUCAGUCUCCACCUGCUCCCCAACCUAUAUUGAUUACCCACUGGAUGCCAUAUGGAUCAUUAUACAAUGUUUUACAUGAGGGAACAAGUCUGGUGGUGGACCAGUGUCAAGCUGUGAAGUUUGCCCUAGACAUUGCCCGUGGGAUGGCAUUCCUUCACACUCUAGAACCACUCAUCCCACGACACUAUCUUAACAGCCGCAGUGUAAUGAUUGAUGAAGAUAUGACUGCUCGGAUCAGCAUGGCUGAUGUCAAACUUUCGUUUCAAUGUCCAGGUCGGAUGUACUGCCCAGCUUGGGUGGCACCUGAGGCUCUCCAGAAGCGUCCUGAAGACAUUAAUCGCCGUUCGGCUGACAUGUGGAGCUUUGCAGUUCUUCUCUGGGAGCUAGUAACGCGUGAAGUUCCCUUUGCUGACCUUUCAAACAUGGAGAUUGGCAUGAAGGUGUCCCUGGAAGGCCUCCGUCCCACAAUACCCCCUGGUAUCUCACCACAUAUCUGCAAACUGAUGAAGAUCUGUAUGAAUGAGGACCCAGCCAAGCGACCCAAGUUUGAUAUGAUUGUUCCCAUCCUGGAGAAAAUGCAGGAGAAGUAACAGGUUUCCUUCUGUACACAACUUGGCAAAAAUAUUCAACCAGAGCAACUGAUAUGCAAAACCACAGCUACGCAAUCACCAAUGGUGGCCUUAGCCUAAACAUUCGCCAUUAUGGGUUGCCAAGUGCCUUCCAGAAAAAGUGAACUGUCUUAAUUACCUACUCCAGCAA